CAUUUUUUUUUUUUCUAUAGUGAAUUUACUAAACGUCUACAACAUUGACACGGUGACACGAUAUUAUUAUUCGCUAAAUUAUUGUGAGUUUCUGUUGCUCACUACUCAGUUGAGAGUUUGUGAGGUGCUGCAGUCGCAGAACGUGGUUUAUCUUUAAUAAUACAUAUAUCAAUGUCAACAUCAGUAUCGUGAUCGUUAUAGAUUUAAAAUUAAUAUUAAUGAUCUACUCCUUUUUCAAGAUUUAUUUGAUUCGUUAAAAAUGCUAUCAUCAAAAAGUUAUUUGGCUAUGAAAAUAUUUUAAUUAGCUGUUAUUCGAUCAAGUUUUUUUAACGUGUACAUACCUAACUUAUGAGUUGGUGCCUAUGGAGGAACCUAUACAGCUAUCCAAAAAUCAGUUUGUUUUAGAUCGUUUCAAUAUCGUACAUCAGUUUAUCAAAUCAAACAAAAUUCGAAUUGGCAAUAUGAAUAUCAGAUUACAAUCGACGCGUUACCUAACAGGACUGAUAACUUUAGGCUUUGUAGUAUUGUUCUUUUUCGUAUUUACGUCCCACCAUGUCCACAACGACCACAACCGUAUUCCCGAUCCAGAAUCUCCAAUUCCGCCAUCGAGUAUGCCGAUGGGUUUAUACACAAAGAUCGGUGUUGUAUCCAACGGCGGACCGUGCGCACAAAUCGGAGUGGAGGUGAUGUCAAAAGGAGGAAAUGCCAUUGAUGCAGCAAUAGCUACAAUGUUGUGUGAUGGAGUUCUGUGUCCCGAGUAUAUGGGUAUUGGUGGAGGAUUUUUAAUGAGUAUUUACAACGCGACGACCAAAAAAGUGAUGACGAUCAACGCGCGUGAAAUAGCUCCUGCUGCGGCGACUACAUCAAUGUUUGUUGAAGAUCCAUUGAAAUCUAUAUACGGAGGAAUGGCAGCUGCAGUUCCAGGGGAACUCAAAGGCUAUUCAACAAUUUAUAAUUUAUAUGGUGGUGGCGUUUCGUGGGAAUCGUUGUUUGAACCAACUAUUAAAUUGUGUAAAGAAGGCAUGACAAUCAGUAAACGUUUAGCAAUGAACUUGUAUAAUCACGAAGACUUGAUAAAAAAUGACUUGUUGCUCAGAGAAGCGUUUUUUAAUGAAAAAACUGGACAUGUAAAAACUGCUGGGGAACAGUAUACUUUUCCAAAGUUAGCAGAAACAAUGAAAAUUAUAGCAAAAGAAGGUGUAGAUGCCAUAUAUAAUGGUUCGUUAACAUCUAAGUUAUUAGAAGAUUUAAAAGAAGUGAAUGGAAUAAUCACAAAAGAAGAUUUAGCCAAUUAUACAAUUGAAAUCAAAGAUUCUUUUCCAGUAAACUUAAAAAGUGGACAUACAAUACAUGUGGGACCACCGCCUAGUUCUGGUAUCAUAUUGGCAUACAUACUCCGAAUAUUGGAUGGGAUAUUACCAGCACCUGAUAAUGGUUUAGACGCACAUCGAUUUGUGGAAGCUUUCAAAUUUGGGUUUGGGGCAAGAACCCAUUUAGGAGAUCAUAAAUUUGUUGAUGUGUCUCAUAUUUACGAUAAAGUAAAAUCAGAUAGUUACAUUAAUAGUAUUCAAAAUAAUAUAUCUGAUAGUUUUACUUCGUCAGAUCCAAGAUAUUAUGGAGCUGAUUACGAUAUGCCAGAGAAUCACGGAACUGCUAACAUUGUUGUAACGGAUUCAAUGGGCAAUACUGUUGUAGCUACAAGUACAUUAAAUACUUACUUUGGUUGUGGUUUCAUGUCUCCUAGUACUGGGAUACUUUUAAAUAAUGAAAUGGAUGAUUUCUCUACUCCUGGAGUUAUCAACUAUUAUGGUAUUCCAUCUUCACCCGCCAAUUUCAUCGAACCAGGCAAGCGACCAAUGUCUUCAAUGUGUCCAACUAUAUUUACUGAUAAAAAUGGUGAUUUUGUUCUUGGAGUGGGAGCUGCAGGAGGUUCAAAAAUCACUCUUGCUACUGCAUAUGUGUCUGCUCUCAAGUUAUGGUACAAUAAAACACUGAAAGAAGUGAUAGACAAACCUAGAAUUUAUCAUCAACUUAUACCUAUGGAAGUUCAAUAUGAAUACGGAACAACUAAGGAUAUAGUAAAGAGACUUAUGGAUAUUGGCCAUUCAGUCAUUAGGUUGAAUAAUGGAGCAUCAGCGGUUACAGCAAUAGCUAAAACUUCUUCAGGGAUGUUUGAAGCCAUGCCAGAUUUUAGACGGCCAGGAAAUUCAUCUGGAAAUUAAUUCAAUAUUAUGUUUUAUAUUGAUUGAAUUUUAAAUUUGUUGUAUGAAGUACACCUAGUAUGUUCCUAAAAUAUUAUUAUACCUAACCAAAAAAGUACUAUGAUCCGGCUUUUUGUAAUUUUGUUGUGUAUUUAAAAAUAUUUAUUGACGUAUUUUUACUGUGCAAUUUAGAUUAAACUUAAGUUCCACAUCCAUUUACAAUUAUUUAUUUUUAUGAAAUAUUU